UGAAGGCCAAAGCUCUUGCUGGGAGUCUGUACAAAUAAGAGAAAUCAGAGGAGCAUCAGAGACAAGAGACAACCGUAAGGAAUUAGGCUCGUGGCCCCCGGCAGUGUAUUCUCCAAGGGCUUGUACCAUUUAACUCUGCUGCAAUGGAUGAAAUGGAUGCUCCACAGAUGAAGAAGGAGGUAGAGAGUCUGAAGUACCAGCUGGCUUACAAGAGAGAGAUGUGUUCCAAAGCUAUACCAGAGCUGCUCAAGUGGAUUGAGGACGGUGUACCCAACGACCCUUUCCUAAAUCCGGAGCUGAUGAAGAAUAACCCUUGGGUGGAAAGAGGCAAAUGCAGCAUACUGUGAAUGCUCCCUCCCCACCCACCCCCCAGCAUUAUCCAUUACCCAUGUACUCUGAAUGUACUAUAAUCUAUACAAUAUUAGGAGAUAGAUAGGAAGCUGCUCAGAGAGGUUACACUGCAUCAUUAUCAAGGCUAUUAAACAAAAUGUAUUAAAUAGAGAGGUGGGUGGAAUAAUUUGAUCAUCUGGGAUUUUCUUUGCUAGGCCACUAAAAACGGGGAUUAAUGUGGCCUUGAAUCUUUAAUAUUUAAUCUCUAGCUAUCAUUAUAAGCGAUGGGGCAGUGAGAGGGGGGAUAUUAGGGGCUCAUACGGUUGUCACGUUUGUAUGACAGCAAUAAUAAAGACGGGGGCUUUGGGGGAACAAUGUUCCGUACUAUGCAGAAUAGAAUUCCCAGUCUAUUGUGGGUAAAUGCAAAGCCCACUGACGCUACCUUACCGGCCUAUGCACUAGGUAAUGCUUAAGAGGGAUACUACAAAUACUUCAUUACUCUACUUUUUAGCCCUAGCCUAAGCCCACCCUCAUCAAACACUUUAAACCCUAACAUGGCUAAAUCAAGUCUAUCUUGGGAAUGGUCAGUUGGAGCAAUUGCUCUCAAACGUCAUCUGUUGAAGAGACGAAGUACCACCCCUAAAUGUUCUCCUUCUCUGAGACUCAACUAAGUUGUGUUACCAAUGAAGGCAUCUUGAAGCAUGCUCAGACUCGUUUUCUAAGCGAUAUGUUACCAAUAGUACUGCUAUGGCAAGGGCAUGUAAAUAAACUCUCCCCUUUGCUCAAGUGGGUAACAACAAUGGAGCAAUCAAGUAGGGUAAUGGAGGUUUUUUAGUGUCCCUUUAAGCUUUCUUCAGGUUGAUGUCAAUACUUUACUAGAUAAAUCUCCAACUCUUCUGUAGCUUUUUUACCCCUAAAAGUCAGUUAACCCUAUAGACCACCCCUAAUAAGGAAUUUGAUGUUUUGUUUUUCCCCCUUCUCUUAAAUGUAGUUCUUUCUAUUGUGUUUCCACAGACCUAUUUUACUUUUCAAACAUGUAAAGGAAAUACAAAAUGCUUUCUAAAAAAAUAUAUAUUUAACUGUUCCUUCCA